AUGCAGUCAAUGCACAAUAUUUAAUUUCAAUCAAUCACAAUUGCUGUAUUAGGGUUUUUUUUAUAAAAAUGGCUACAGAGCUAGAGAUUGAAGAAUGAAGAUGGCUGCGCAAAAAGCAUCAUCCAAUCUGAACGAUAAGGGAGGUCUACAACGUUAACUUGGGUGGGAUAAUUCUUACAAGUGCUGGGAAUCCAACAAAUCUGCAUGGAUCAUUCAUUCUAUCCCAAUUCCAUGAACUUACAUAAGACCAAUGGUGCUAUUUUACAAUUCCCCUCUCUGAAUGUGCACAAGACUCAUGUACAUGUACACCUUUUCUAAGAAACUAAACACCUACCACUGCAAUUGAAAUAUAUGUAAACUUUAGAGAGUUGAAGUUGUUUCGUGCAUAUUUUUUUAACACAAGUUGUAGAACUUAAUCUGGAACUCCUUUUAGACACCAUACAAAGUCAUACAUGUUAAAUUUCAUAAUUUUCUUUAAAUGUUGGGCACCAAACGCACAAAGUGCGUUUCAUGCUAGUAUAUCUUAUAAAUGUCUAUCAUGGUUAGGUACCCUCAAAUUAUUUUGUAGUUUUUCCGUCCAAAUUACAUGUACCCAUAGGCUCUUUCGUUGUACUGAGCUUUACUAAUCACAAACUACCCUUACGGCGUUACUGCUUGCUCUGAUGGUGACUCGCUUGAAAUCUCUUCCUCUUGCCCAGCAUCCUGUCUUCCCGAUGAAAUAGGCGUAAUUGCCGCCUGUCCCUCAGCAAAGGAUUAUAAUCCUUGUGCGAUUGGAAUCAUAAUCAUCCCUGGAUUUCCGGAAUUUCUGCGUUGCGUUACAGACACUAGGCAAUUACAUGAAUACACGGAUUUGCUGGCGAUGCAUCACCAAACAAAAUCGUAAUAACAAGCUAAUUCUAGCAAAUAUGCAGAUUCGCCGCACGGACGUUCUUAUUUCAAAAUCUUCUAAAGGGGCUAUUUAUAUUCAAUUUUGAGAGAUGGGACGAGGCACCAUCUUCAAGAAUCCUCCUAGGUACGGCCGAACCUGAAACAGGUUAGAAGAUCAUUCUUCAGUUAUGGAGACAAAAAUGAUAAGUGGAAUAAAAGACAACAAAAAGGAAUGGAAAUGCAAGGUUAGAGUUGUGGAGAAACGCAACAUCCGAGACUCAAGGACGAGCCCCAACAAGUAUAGGCCUUGUGUAUUGCAGGAUGAGGAGGUUACCAAGGUUCUUGCUCUCGCAAACAGUGGUGCUAUUCAACAAAUUGAUAAGAUACUCGAUCUAAAAAACACAUACUACAUAAGCAAUGCUGCUGUCAUGCCUAGCAUGUAUGGUGGUGAUUCCCCAUCAGUAGACUAUAAAUUCAUCUGGAUGUUGAGUAGAAAAACAUGGAUCGAGGUAGUCCCAAAAUCAGAAGAAAUUCAGGCAACGAAUGAAUCAGACACUAUUUUCACACGGUUUUAUGACUUCUAUGACUUAUGCGGGUCCAGAACACCAAUUAAUUUCAUGGCCGUUGCAAUUCAGAGAAUGCCUAGAGAAUAUGUCUCUGUUGGUGGAGAUGCCAAAACUGCACAUGAUUUCAUGCUUGUGAAUGAAGACAUGGAGCCGAUUCUGUUGACUGUUUGGGAAGAUUUUGCUAUUAAUCAAGGACGGGAAAUAACAUCCCUUUUAGAGAGUGGGCGACACCCAUUAAUUUUGGGUAAAAGGGUGACCGUUACUCCCUUCAAUGGUGUGUCACUCUCCACAAGAUAUGAUUCCCUACUUGAAGUUAAUCCUUCAGAUCCCAUUUGUGAGCAGCUGAAAAAAUGGAGGGAUGAAAGCUUGGAACUUAUAGAGAGUUAUAUUGAAACAAAGGCAUAUAAAAAUGCCUUAAUAUCACUAGCUUACCCGCCUGGGCGUCCGAAGGUCAGAAUUGCCGACAUAUCUAAAUCAAAUUCCACGGGUAAAGGGUAUGGGUUACAGCUGAUAUCAAAAUCCUUGAUAAUGAGGCCAUCUACUAUAUUGGAUGUGAUUAUUGCAAUUGGAAAACUACAGCACCAGGAGUAACUUUCAAAUGUUUGGAUUGUGGAAGUUUGUCAGCUAGGAGUGAGAAGAGGUACAAAAUGCAAGUGCAGUUGAGUGAUGAGACUGGUGAAAUAGAGGGGACAAUGUUUGAUGAAGAUUUCAAGCGCUUGUUAUCCAUUUCCAACAUCGUUCACCGCUCUGGAAAAAUAGACAUUGCCCAACUUCAAACGAAGAUCAAUCUUAUCGCAUUUGAUUGUGAAUUGAGGUUCGAUAACAAAAAAUUUGAAGGGCCAAGUAGGAGGAGUUGCACAGUGAACGGGGUGUGCAAAAAUAUUGUAUUGCCUGAGCGCAUUAUCAAUGUCGGCAAGGAUAGAGAAACAAAUGCUGAAGUACCAAGUCGAAAAUGAUUGACAUUUGAUGAGAGUGAUGGAAAGGAUGAAGGAGUUGUCCAUGCAUCCCCUGGAGAAGAAACAUCCCUUCAGAACUCAGCCAAAAAACAAAAAAAAUAGAAUUCAUUGCCUUCUAUAUUCAUUUUUAAAAUACUUCUCAUAAGUUUUUUAAGAGUAUGUUGAAAUUACUUUUUCCCCCUUCCCAUUAUUUCCAGUUAAACUUUCUGAAGUUAUAUCAAGUUAUUUUAAGUUUCGUUUUUAACAUCAGCAUUUCAAAAGAUGAUUCACGCUGCAUAUUUAUUUGUAUACUAUUCACUGUGAAACUUUAUCUUGGAAGAAAGGGUUACAUAUUUU